AUGUUGGAGAAAAUAGUGGCGUCGGCAAGUACAUCGACGGUACAACAGGGCUCCGGGGCAAAAAGAAAGUUAGAAGCUUUACCUAAUUUGAGAUCUGCUUAUGAUGAAGUCAUCACUGAGUACAUCGAUAAAGAGUACAUAUCGCCCGCACAUUCUGACGACUCUAACCCGCUUGUUCUUUACGAGUUCAAUCGUGUUUGCUUCGGCUUGAAGUCUAGCCCGUACCAUGCACUGCGCACGGUACAGCAGCUUGUCUCCGAUGAUGGUUCUAAAUAUCCGCGUGCGAGCGAGAUAGCGUCCAAUGCGCUUUACAUGGACGACAUUGCGUUCUCUGUGAUGAAGGCGGAGGAUGGCGUCGCCGCCUCUAAGGAACUCAUCGACUUGUUCAAGACAGCUCAGUGGGACUUGGUCAAGUGGAAUAGCAACUCGCAGACUGUUUUAGAUUCUAUUCCCGCUUCGCAUAAACGCACUAAAGAGGUCGAGUUUGAUAAAUCCAUGCAGCACAAAAUACUGGGCUUGCAUUGGUCCACGCAAUCUGAUUAUUUUUAUUUUGAAGUCGCGCCUCGCGAGCAGGAUAAGUGCACCAAGCGCACUAUCCUCUCCACUAUUGCCCGCUUGUGGGACAUCAUGGGAUUUGUUGCUCCGACUAUCCUAUACGCUAAACUUUUGAUAAAACAGCUCUGGCAGCUGGGAAUCGACUGGGAUGAUGAGCCGCCGCCACACAUCAAUAAGAUAUGGAGACAGUUUUGUCACGAGCUUCCAUUGCUCAAUAAUUUUAAAAUACCGCGACAUGUAGGUGUGGUCGAAGACUGCGUCGUCACUUUAGUCGGAUUCUCAGACGCCAGUGAGCUCGCGUACGGAGGUGUGGUAUACCUUCACGUACAGUCCGCUAGUGGUAACACCGUGCAGCUCGUGUGCUCGAAGUCCAAAGUUGCGCCCUCGCAACCGCUCACUAUCGCUCGUCUCGAGCUCUGCGGAAUCGUGUUAUUAUCUAAAUUACUUCGCACAGUUUUAAAUAACUACGCUGGCUGCUUUGCCGUUAACGUUUGCGAUUUUACAGACUCUAAAGUCGCUUUAUAUUGGAUUAAAAGUUCGCCCCACCGCUGGCAAACGUUCGUCGCAAAUCGCGUCGUCCAGGUGACUGACAACAUCGCCGCUGAUCACUUUCAUCACGUCUCCGGAGUGGAGAACCCCGCAGACUGCUUGUCGCGUGGCGUUACGCCACAGAAGCUUAUUUCGCACCCCCUGUGGUUAAAGGGGCCUCCGUGGCUUGCGAUGGACCCGUCACAGUGGCCUAUUAAUAAAGAGUCCGAGGUACAAUCUAUUGAAGAUAUACCUGAGAGGAAGAUUUUAGCACACCCUGUGACUACUCCCGCGCAAGACUGCGCUAUAUACAACCUUGCUCAGCGCGUGUCAUCUUAG